UUUCUAUUCUGAUGUGUAAUCAUGUUUCACAUCUAUUUCAGUAAACUUGAAUCAGAUUUUAUUCAUCUGGGAAAUUUAAAAAAUGACAGAUUUCUUUUGACAACCCCCAUCACCAUCACCACCAACACAUACACACUAACAAACACACCCACACACAAAGUCCUGCAGACUGACAUCUACCUGCAGACACACUCACCUGGCUGAAAGACACCAUGUGAUGCUGAAAGGAGGUGUUAAUCUUUAGUUUUGUGCUGUGACGCGUGGGACGGCUCAUUCCAGCAGAUGACUGGACAGCGAGCCGCUCCUCCAGCCAGCAACCCAAAGUCCUGCAGCUGCUUCGGCAUUUAACUUAACCAAGACUUUAGAAGAUGUACAAACAUUAUUCUUCAGUGAGGCCUUCUGAUGAGUUCAGUGUGAAAACGGAAAAUGGACACCACUCAAAGAAAACCCGUUACAUCCGUAAGGAGGGCAGCGGUAACGUGAAGUUUCGCCACGUUCCAGAGGAGUGGCUGAUGUUUGUGAUGGACAUCUUCACCACCUUGGUGGAGAUCAGGUGGAGGGUGAUGUUGCUGAUCUUUGCUUUGUCUUACAUCCUGUCCUGGCUCUUUUUUGGUAUCCUCUUCUGGUUCAUUGCUCUGAUGCACGGAGACAUCAGGAACCACAACACGCAGCCCUGCGUCUUUGAGGUGCGCAGCUUCACAGCUGCUUUCCUGUUUUCACUGGAAACUCAAACCACUAUUGGCUACGGCUUCAGAGGAAUGUCUGAGAACUGCAUGGUUGCCAUCAUCGUCGUCACCAUACAGGAUGUCAUCAGCUGCUUCAUUGACACCUUCGUCAUUGGCAUUGUAGUCUCCAAGAUGGCGUCAGCCCGAAAGAGGGCGCAGACCGUGGGCUUCAGCAGCCAUGCUGUCAUCAACCUUAGGGAUGGUUUUCUGUGUCUCUCUUGGAGGAUAGGGGACUUCCGGAGGAACCAUUUGGUGGAGGGGACAGCUUGUGCUCAGAUUGUUCACUCAAAAAUGCACCAGACUGGGAAAGUAGACAUGGGUAUGGAAGACCUGGCCAUCCAGCAGAGGGACAUCACUCUGGUUACACCUACGACCAUCUGCCACAGGAUAGAACUCGGCAGCCCUCUGUACAAGAUGAGUCUGGACGAUUUACGAAAAGCAAACAUUGAGCUGGUGGUGUCCUUUACAUACACGGACGACUCCACGGGCAUUCUGCAUCAGACCCGCACGUCCUACACGCCUGACGAGAUCCUCUGGGGUCAUCUGUUCCAGGAGAUGAUCAGAGUGAGCAGGAAGCACUACAAAGUGGAUUACAACUUGUUUAAUAACACCACCAAAGUUCUGGUACCGAUGAUCAGUGCAGAGGAGUACGACAAGAAGAAGCAGCUGCAGCUCUCUGCUCGACUCCCUCCGCAGCAUUCACCCAGAUGUUCUCCACAAACCCUUUCACAGAAUCCACAGGAGAAUCAGCCCAAACUUCUGAUAGAAGGAGCAGAACAGGAGAGAGAUGACCAACCCGUACCUGAUGAUCCAACAUCUGUAACAGGAAGUCAACAUCUGGACUCAUCGACUCAGUGACAAACAGCCAGUGUAGAUGAAGAGAGAUGAAGCAUUUCUACGUGAAAUUAAACUAAAGACUGAGUCAACAGCCUGCAGAGUGAGAAGGAAUGUCGAGGACUCCUAUUUGAGAAUAUUAAAAUAUAAUUUAUCACUAAACUCAAAUACACUCUUUAAAUGGGUUACUUUCAUCCCAUCAGUUCAAUUCAAGUUUAUUUAUAUAGCGCCAAAUCACGACAAGAGUCGUCUCAAGGCACUUCACAUAAUAAAAAUUCAGGUCAGUUCAUUAAGCCAAUCAGAAAUAAUGUGUCCUAUAUAAGGAACCCAGCAAAUUGCAUCAAGUCACUGACUAGUGUCAGUGACUAUACAGCAAUCCUCAUACCAAGCAAGCAUAAAGCGACAGUGGAGAGGAAAACUCCCUUUUAACAGGAAGAAACCUCCAGAGAAUCCUGGCUCAGUAUAAGCAGCCAUCCUCCACGACUCGCUGGGGAUCGAGAAGACAGAGCAGACACACACACACACACACACACACACACACACACACACACACACACACACACACACACACACACACACACACACACACACACACACACACACACACACACACACACACACACACACACACACACACACACACACACACACACACACACACACACACACACAAUUGGUCGGUUCAUUGUUGUAUGUUGUCAGCGUUGCGCGUGCAUCACAAUGCCGAAUUUUGUUUAACGGAAGAGACGAAGAUUAUUUAGUUUAAAAUGUGAACUUUGAAAAUACUUAAGUCUGACCUAAAAGCUGAACGUCCAAAGCAUUCAUGUCACCACUCUUUACAAACUCAUUUUUUUUAAGUUACGAAAUAAACGACACAAACACCUAAAAUUUCCUCUUAACAAAUUAGUCAAUUUUUUUGUAUUUUGUUUUAUUUUUUUAACUAAACUUUGCUGUGAUGAACAGUUCUCAGUAGAAGUUGGGACCAAAACACAAAUCAGCUUUUCACCCUGAACUCUCCAUCUGAUGAUGAUGAAGGAGAUGAAGGCGUGAGGAAGGAGCAGCAGCUAACAGGCGUCACCUAACAGAUUACUUAACUCGCCAGCAGAAAGAGAGAGAGAGAGAGAAACAAUAAAAGAUUAAUAACCUAAAACAUACCAAAACUUUGAGCAAAUAAAACAAACUAUGUCUCACCCAGAUCUUUUUGGCUGCCGCUUCUUGUAAAUAAAGUGUGACUUCACAUUUGGAAGCCAGUCUGGAGCUGAAAUUGUAAUAUUUUUUUCUUUAUUUUUUUAAUGAAGACUUUGUUACAGCAGAUGCUCCCAGUGCUCCAAUUUUUUGGUUUUCCAGGUCUGUCUGACCUCUGAUGGAAUUGUGAAGGAACCGUGAGCUCGGCCCACUGAAAGCCGUCUAUGCACCCAGCUGAUGCAUAAGGUUAUUAUGGUAAUCCACUCCUUAUGACCUUUCUACAAGCUCCAAGUUCAUAGUUUUCCCCAAUAAAACUUUUAGUGUUGCUUCACAUUUAGGCAUGAUCAUCUGUGACCCAUGUAGCGUGUUUUUAUUAUUAGUUUUAUGCUGUUAGUGGAUUAAUUACACAGUCUGAGCUUAUUCUGUAGCAAAAUGAUUUGUAGCAUUUUUAUUUUUUCAGUUAGAAAGAAAGCUGCAAUUAUCAGAAGCAAGCACUUUCACCUAGUUGUUAGUUUAGAAGUUUUGUUUUGCUUUGGUUUUUUUUUGCGGAAAAAACAGCAGAAUCCGACUGCAGUGGCUUGUUUUGUAAAGAUCCGUCAGGCUGAAUAAAACAUUCCUGGAAUCAGAACAAAACCUGAUCUUUGAAUUUUCACCACUAAUAAAGCUGUUACACAAA